CUCUGGCGGUGUCGUAAAGUGCAGAGAGAUCUUGGAGCACAAAAGUCAAGAGCGGCACUCUCACCAGAGGCCCCGGCCAGGUGACUCUUGUGGAAACGGUAACCAUGGCGACUUUGUACCCAUCGCUUGAGGACAUGAGGGUGGAUCAAGUCCUGAAGGCUCAGGCCAAUGCUGCCCUUCAAGCUCCAGUCUCUGCUCCAGCACAGGCUCCAGCUCCUCCUGUGAUCUCAACUUCAGUUCCAGCUGCUGGAGCCACACUGGAAGAGAAGACCGAGCCCUCCAAAGCAGACGACCCACCGGUGCUGUACCCAAAUCUUUCCGAGCUCAAUGAUUAUAUGGGACUCUCCCUUUCCAGUGAGGAGGUCCAGAAAAACUUGGCACUUGUCCCAGCAGGCAGCAACGCUGUGACCCCGGCUGUCCCCGUGCAUGGCGGAAUGGCAGCCCCUGUGACAGGAAAUGACCUGGGGCUGCGUCGGGCGGAGAUCAAGCCAGGCCUGAGGGAGAUCCAACUUUGCAAGGACGAGCGAGGGAAGAUGGGGCUGCGGCUGAGAAGCAUCGAUAAGGGGAUGUUUGUGCAGCUGGUCAAGGCCAACUCCCCGGCAGCUCUGGUGGGGCUGCGCUUUGGGGAUCAGGUCCUCCAAAUCGACGGGAAGGACUGCGCAGGAUGGAGCACAGACCGGGCAAAGCGUGUGUUGAAGAAGGCGUCCCCGGAGAAAAUCGUCCUGGUUGUUCGAGACAGGCCAUUCCAGCGCACAGUUACAUUGCACAAGGACAGCACCGGCCACACGGGCUUUGUGCUCAAGAAAGGGCUGAUCUCCUCGGUCGUCAAAGGCAGCUCUGCGGCAUGCAACGGGCUCCUCACCAACCACUACGUCUGCGAGGUCAACGGCCAAAAUGUCAUCGGCCUCAGGGAUAGGGAGAUCACAGACGUCCUGAACAACGCUGGUGGCAUCGUCACCCUCACCAUCAUCCCUGCAGUGAUUUACGAGCACAUGGUCAAAAAGCUUUCUCCAGGACUUGUGAAAGCGUCUAUGGACCACUCAGUCCCUGAUGUUUAAAACUGUCGAAGAUUUGUAUACACACCUCCUCUCUCUUCCGGCAUGAAACACCACAGCUGCCGCCAGAAUGGCUUCAAGAACCAGAGCAAAUUUAGAUGCAAAGAGAGAACGCACCAAUUCCUUAAAGCUUUUAUUGGUGCUUUGCAGUUGCCCAGGGGUGUCCAGUUGUGUGUGCCAGGGAGUGCAACCAUCACGCACUUUUCUGUUAAUACAACCUCACAACCGUUACCACCUUCUGUGAGGAAGUAAGCAGCCUAUUCUGUGAUUUGUACUUAACCUUGACCUUGGGAGGGGCCUGACAUUUUGCACCGUAGCGGUUUUGCAGGUGCCACCCCAAUUUUUUUCUUUGCUAGACUCCUUGGGGUGCACGGAUGUGGUUUAAAUUUACAAAAUGAGAGUACCUUGCUCAGGAUUUCCUCAGGCUUAACUAACUGGGGGUCACUAGGGAUGUAGGGGGGAGGCAGUUGUGAAUGUCCUGCAUUGCGCAGAGGUUGGACUAGAUGACCCUAGAAGGUCCCCUUCCAGCUUUAUGAUUAUAGGAUUCUAACCGGUGUUCACUGAGCCACCUUCUGACUGCUCACUUAAUAACACAAGAAAAGCCGAGCCCAAGCAGAGCAAGGUCCUCGCACUUAGCAAAUGCUGCAUGAAGACCCACAGUUAACAAGCUGCAACGGGUUACUUGUCCACCAGUGGACUGCAAACUACCUUCUACCCAAAACUGAUUUAGUCUGAGCAGAAGAGCAACUGUUGUGGUGUGUGUGACACAGUCUUUUGUUGAUGCUGGGCCUCUCUUGGGACACCUACGAAGAUCAGCCACGAAGCAAUAAACCCCCAUGGCUCCUUGGAGGGGCCGCUGCAUGUGCCGCUCCAAGUAUUUUUCUGGGUGGGCAAGUUCUCACGGGGCGGCUCUCUCCUGGCUUGGCUUCUGCCAUCACGUCGAGUGAUCUGGAAGGAGUAAAAAACCAGCUUCCCUCUGGCUCUUGGCAACAUGCUCCACCUCUGCCUGGCCUUGGAUCAUCACCCGCAUGGAACACCGACACCGUUGGAGACCCAGAUGACGUUUAUUACAGCCACCAAACAGACAGAGAUUACAGGACAAUGGAAAUCAACACCCCAGAAGGGUAUACAGCUUUUUAAGAUCUGUAUUUAAAAAUAUAUUAUAUAGAUUUCUGUUUCUCUUUCAAAUAUAAUCAUACAUUUAUUUCUCA